AUGUUGGGAAACAGCAGGGAGAAUGCUGACCUUCCCCUGGUUUGCCGAGCUUCCGAACGUUUGACAGAAAUAGUCGGAACUCCUCUCCCAAACAUCUACACCCGAACGCGACUAUCUGAUCGAAAGUGGUACGACCGCACACCCCAGAUCCUUUGGGAAAUCAAGAAGCGCGUAAAAGCUGGAGACCCCUCGGGUAUUGUUCGUCCAGUUGUUCAAGAGCUCCUGACAAAUCAUCUCAGCCGUUCAACAAUCGUCUACACAGAUGGCUCGAAAGACGAUACCGCAGUAGGCGCCGGAGUUUUUGGAGAACACUUCCAACAGUCACUUGGUCUUCCACAGCAAUGCAGUGUCUUCUCGGCAGAGGCAUUCGCAAUAAAAACAGCGCUAACAACAUUCAACACGGUCAGCGACUUAGUAAUAAUGUCCGAUUCGGCCAGCUGUUUAUCGGCAAUCGAAGCCGGCACAUCCCAGCACCCGUGGAUCCAGGAAAUUGAGAACCUGCUACGAAAUCGUUCAAUCAAGCUUUGCUGGAUUCCAGGUCACGCUGGCAUCCGUGGCAACGAGGAGGCAGACAGACUCGCUGGAGAAGCGAGGAACAUUGCUCCAUUAGCUAAAUCUGUUCCGGGGGCAGACGCCGUUAAGCACAUAAAAACAGCUAUCCGAAACCAAUGGUACCGUCGGUGGUCAGCGUCCACUGAAGUAAAACUUCGCGAAGUUAAAUUCGACACAGUGAAGUGGACUGACCGCGAGAAUUCUGCCGAACAGCGAGUUCUUACCCGGCUUCGAAUAGGGCAUACCCGGCCAACACACGACUUUCUGCUAAAGAAAACUUCACCACCAGUGUGCGACUGCUGUGGGAUCGUUGUAGAUGUCCGCCAUGUGAUCCUCCACUGCAGAAAGUACGACGACGUUAGAAGGAAGCACGACAUUGAGUCGACUAGUCUGCGAGCGGCUCUGCGCAACGACAGGAAAAAUGAGGAGAGUAUAGUAAAAUUCCUUAAGGAAACUAACCUAUUUAAAUUGCUAUAA